AUGGGGUACCAAGUGGUGGCGGCGCAGCUGGCGCGGCUGAGCGGCGCGCUGGGCACCUCGGACCACGCCUCCGUGGUCUCCAUCACCCUCUUCGUCGCGCUGCUCUGCGCCUGCAUCGUCCUCGGCCACCUGCUCGAGGAGAACCGCUGGCUCAACGAGUCCAUCACCGCCCUCAUCAUCGGGCUGUGCACCGGCGUGGUGAUCCUGAUGACCACCAAGGGGAAGAGCUCGCACGUGCUCGUCUUCAGCGAGGACCUCUUCUUCAUCUACCUCCUGCCUCCCAUCAUCUUCAACGCCGGUUUCCAGGUGAAGAAGAAGCAGUUCUUCCGGAAUUUCAUGACAAUCACACUAUUUGGUGCCGUUGGGACGAUGAUGUCGUUUUUCACAAUAUCUCUUGCUGCCAUUGCGAUAUUCAGCAGGAUGAACAUUGGGACACUGGAUGUAUCAGAUUUUCUUGCAAUUGGAGCUAUCUUUUCCGCCACAGAUUCUGUCUGCACUCUACAGGUUCUCAAUCAGGACGAGACGCCCUUUUUGUACAGUCUGGUGUUCGGGGAAGGUGUUGUGAACGAUGCCACAUCGGUCGUGCUUUUCAACGCGCUCCAGAACUUCGAUCCUAACCAGAUCGACGCGAUCGUCAUUCUGAAGUUCUUGGGGAACUUCUGCUACUUAUUCGUGUCAAGCACCUUCCUUGGAGUGUUUACUGGAUUGCUUAGUGCAUACGUCAUCAAGAAGUUAUACAUAGGAAGGCAUUCUACUGACCGUGAGGUUGCACUUGUGAUGCUCAUGGCCUACCUCUCAUAUAUGCUAGCUGAGCUGCUAGAUUUGAGUGGUAUCCUCACUGUAUUCUUCUGUGGUAUUGUGAUGUCACAUUACACUUGGCACAACGUGACAGAGAGCUCAAGAGUUACAACAAAGCAUGCAUUUGCAACCUUGUCCUUCAUCGCUGAGACUUUUCUCUUCCUUUAUGUUGGGAUGGAUGCACUGGAUAUUGAGAAGUGGAAAUUUGCUAGUGACAGCCCCGGCAAAUCCAUUGGAAUAAGCUCAAUUUUGCUCGGGUUGGUUCUGGUUGGAAGAGCUGCUUUCGUCUUCCCGCUCUCGUUCUUAUCCAACCUGACAAAGAAGACGGAGCUCGAAAAAAUAAGCUGGAGGCAGCAAAUCGUAAUAUGGUGGGCUGGGCUGAUGAGAGGAGCUGUGUCGAUCGCUCUUGCUUACAAUAAGUUUACAAGAUCUGGUCACACACAGCUGCACGGCAACGCGAUAAUGAUCACCAGCACCAUCACUGUCGUUCUGUUUAGCACUAUGUUGUUUGGCAUUUUGACAAAGCCUCUGAUCCGGUUCCUACUGCCCGCGUCGAGCAAUGGCGCCGCCUCAGAUCCCGCGUCACCGAAGUCCCUGCACUCUCCUCUCCUCACAAGCCAGCUAGGCUCGGACCUGGAGGCGCCUCUCCCCAUCGUGAGGCCCUCCAGCCUCCGGAUGCUCAUCACCAAGCCGACCCACACCAUCCACUACUACUGGCGCAAGUUUGACGACGCGCUGAUGCGCCCGAUGUUCGGAGGGCGCGGGUUCGUGCCCUACUCCCCAGGAUCACCCACCGAUCCGAACGUACUCGUGGAAUGA